CAGCCUCAGGUGUUGCUGCUUUGUGUGGAGUGAGAAAGCUACAGUUUUUGAAUGUGCUCCUGCCACACUUAGUCACAACUUUUUUUUUUAAUCCCAAGUUUGUGGUUUGUACAUUUGAGAAGGAAUUAUUUGAAACUACUGGACCUGCAAAUGACUGCACCAUUUGAGAGGAUUUAAAGAUGUUUUUGUCGUUGGCUUCCAUCAUCUCUCUUUUGGCUGUCAUUAUUCCAGCAACCCACUGUGGGAAAGUUUUGGUAUUUCCACAUGACGGAAGCCACUGGGUGAACAUGAGAGUACUUGUUGAGGAGCUGCAUUCAAGGGGACACACAGUGACUGUCAUUCGGGCUGCAGAUAGCUGGUACAUCAGUGAAACGUCUCCACAUUACCAUACUCUCACAGUGGACAUUGCCGGUGGUGGAGAUGAGGAUUUUUUUCGUCUCUUUGUCUCUGAAGUUAUUAAAAUCAAACAAAGCAAGGGGUCUGUGUGGGCCCGUUUUGCUUUAGACAUGGAGCUAAAAGACAAGUUCUUUGAAUUGCACAAGAAAAUCUGUGAAGUGGUUGUGUACAUAUUUGAAAACACAGUGCUGAUGAAGUCCUUGCAAGAUGCGAAGUAUGAUGUGGUUUUGACUGACCCUGCUAACGGAGGAGGAGUAAUGCUGGCUCACUAUCUGGGAUUGCCAUUAGUGUUUAACGCAAGAUGGACUGUUCAUGGUGAAGCCCAUUUUGCUAUUGCACCCUCUCCGCUUUCCUAUGUCCCGCUUCCUCCUUCAGAGUUAACAGAUCAGAUGACUUUCUAUGAGAGAAUCAAAAAUGUAGUUUUCUACACCAUGAGGAUGCAUCUGUACAAGCAGGUAGUUGGGCCACAUUAUUCUGCACUGUCCAGGCGCUACUUUGGCCCAGAUGUAGAUUACUUCUCCCUGUUUCAGGCUGCAGACAUUUGGCUGAUGAGAGUGGACUUUGUGUUUGAGUUCCCUCGUCCCAUCAUGCCGAAUAUCAUCCAUAUGGGAGGGUUUCAGUGUAAACCUGCAAAACCUCUCCCUGAACACCUUGAGGAGUUUGUGCAGAGUUCUGGAGAGCAUGGAGUCAUCAUCAUGUCUCUGGGGACACUAAUUGGAGAGCUUCCCCGUGACCUAGCUGAUGAGAUCGCUGCAGCUUUUGCUAAAUUACCUCAGAAAGUCAUCUGGAGAUAUAAAGGAGACAAACCAGCCACUCUGGGCAACAACACUUUACUAGUCGACUGGAUGCCACAGAAUGACCUCCUAGGACAUCCAAAUGUAAAACUUUUUGUAAGUCAUGGAGGAACUAACGGAAUAUAUGAGGCUAUAUAUCACGGGGUUCCAAUCGUAGGCAUUCCCAUUGUCUUCGAUCAAGCCGACAACCUCUCCAGACUGAGAGCAAAGGGUGUUGCAGAAGUCAUGGAUAUUUCUGAAUUGGAUCGGAAAACAUUUCAGACUGUCAUACAGGCAGUCCUGAAUGAGCCCUCCUAUACAGUGAACAUGCAGAGACUCUCCAGGCUGCACAGAGAUCAGCCAAUGAAGCCACUGGACCGCGCCAUCUUCUGGAUCGAGUUUGUCAUGAGACACAAAGGUGCAGCUCACCUAAGAACUGAGUCCUACAGAAUGCCCUGGUAUUCCUACCACUCUGUUGAUGUGAUGCUAUUUUUAAUAACAGUUGUGCUACUGAUUUUGUUAUUAUUUGCUGGGUUAAUACGGUCAUGCUGUAGAUUGUGUUCCAAAAGAAAAGUGAAAUCUGACUAACCAGUAAUCCGGCUGUGAUCAGUUGAAAGGAGUACAUGUUUUACCUUUGAAACGUGUCUGCAAGGUGCCUAAAGUUUUCUAGAAAAAUGUGUACUGUAAAAAAUGAAAUGUAACUCCCAGUUUUGACCACCAAUGUGCAAAAGCACAAUCAUUACUUUAUUGUUGAUCUGUCUGUAUGCAUCAGUGUAACAAUGUACCUUUUGUUUCUAACCGAAUCAAAGUCUGAGAACUCACCAUACUAGCAGACAAAUAUGAUGACAUGAUGACAAGAUACAAGUUUCAAUUCUCUAUACUCUGUAUGGUUUUUGCCGUAUACUACAUUAUGCUAAAAUCACACUGUUGAAGGGAGGAUUCUAAAACAAUAAAAAGGCUUACAUUGGCAAUAAAAAUAAACAAUGUGAACCAUAAGAGUGAAGAAAAAUAAUACACUUUUAUUUCUUUUUUUCCAACCAGCAUGGAUUUGCCCUGCUGACAGGUUUGUUGAAAUAGAUCAAUUAAAACAACCUGAUCUACAUGAGGAUUUGUUGGUACCAUUACCAGCCAGCAGGUGAUGUUGUUGAGCCAUUUACAGUAUUUCCCUUGACUGUUAAACACCAGCUAUUUUAUAAUUUGACAUUUUUCAGAUGACAAUAGGAGCAUUUUGAGCCACAUAAC